AUGUCGAAGCGUCGAGCGGAAGAUGAAGACGCUCCACACAACAAGGUCACCCGGCUCACUGCAAGAACGCCCAAAGUACGGGCUCUGGCAGAGAAACUCGAGGAAUCUCAAGAGACGAUUGACGCACUGGAUAAAAAAGUGAAGGAACUGGAACUAGAACUUGACAGCCUGAUGGUGAUGAACCCUUCGCUAGACCACUAUCUUUUUCUCAAGUCUACCUUUCAGGACAAUGAAGGGGAAAGCCGUGCGCGCGCAGAAGCUGAAAAGGCAGCGCUAGCUAGAGCUGCGUCGCAGUUUCAGAUUGAGAUCUGGAUGCUUCGAAACGAACUUGCCCGGAAGGAGACGGAGUUGAAACGCAAAGAUAGAUUGCUCGCAAACACUGGAGCAUCUCCCAAGGAUGGCGCCGGUAACAGCACAGGAAAUUCUUCAAAGCCCAGCAAGAACAUGGACUUGCAGACGUCAGAAGAUAUAGCCAUCACGACGUCUCGAUCGAACAUCAGAGAAGGGAAGAUCACGAACAACGUCGGUGUACAGACAGAUGCGCAGACACGAGAAAAAACGAACUUGGCUACUCGAACUGAGAGUGUAUCUGUGGAAACGGAUAUUCAGGAACGUCUCGUAAAGGCUGGCAAAGAGCGAAAGUUGACGCUAACGUUUCGAUACCCGGACGACAACUCAGGACCUAUGGCCAUGCCAGAAGAGGCGGAACCCUCCCCUCCUACUCCGGGAGUUGAUUGGAUUGAAGCUGCCCAGAAGUACCUCAAGAUUGAUGGGAACGUCGAGUACAACCAGUUCGUGCAGGUCUGGGCAGCAACUGAAAGGAACAAGACCGUCACCAAACAUGGGAUUACUCACCGGCCGGUUGCUGUUCAGCGCUGGAUGAACACAAAAGGCGUCAAGCGGUUCUCUUCGGACAAUGACCCCACAAUCGAUGGGGAUUUUGGAACGAGUUUCCCUGCACUGGUCUGGAAAUGGUGGUUCAGUAUUCAACCAAAAAAAAGAGGCUCGCCUGUCGGCAAAAGCCUGCCCCAGUACAAGGGGCAAUGGCGCACCCUCGAUCGCUGGGGUGAAGACGGUUGGGUGGUGCUACUAGCAGCACUCAAGUGGUGGUGGUUGAGUAUUGGGAAGUUUGAGAGUGCAAAGCAAGUGGAGGCGAAAUCGGACUGGGGAACAGCACUCCAGGAAAUGAAGGAUACAUUCACCGCUGUUGCGUCUGGAUCACCUGUUGCUUGCCCAUAA